GUCAGGCAGCGGCCGAUGGAGCCAGAGAAACCAUUGAUCCUCGGACGGGGAAAGGAGGACGCGCGCGACUUCCGCGCCCAUCUGGGCUUUGACCGAUUCCCAGCCACGGGAACGCCCCGAGCAGCCCGCGCGGUCCGCUUUCUUCUUCCCGUCUCUGCGUUUCCCGCGCUAGCUGAUCCCAUUCGAUCUCCCUCCAGAGCAACAGGUAGGCGCGAACGAAGGUACGCACGGGAUGGCGAGCAUCUUCUGGGGCGGCGCCAAGGCCGACGAGGUGGCCGACUUCGACGAGCACGACCCCACCCCCUACGGCGGCGGCUACGACAUCACCCUCGCCUUCGGCCGCGCCCUCCCGCCCUCCGACGAGACCUGCUACCCAAUCUCCACCGCCACCACCUCCUCGUCCUCGUACGACAGCCACGGCGCGGCCGAGCAGCACCACAGGAGGCCGCAGGACCAGGACAGCCACGGCUCCGCAGGGUACGCGAGGAGGCCGGAGGAGACGCACGGCCCCGCUGCUGGGUACGGGCACGGGAGGAAGGCGCAAGACGAUGACGACGACGACGGUGGCGCGUACCGGAAGCCGAAGCCGUCCUACGGCGACGACGACCGGCCCAGCCACGGCCGCAAGAAGAACGACGACGACGACGACGACGAUAGGCAGCGGCGGUACAAGAAGCGUGAUGACGACGACGAUGACGAGAGGAAGCCGCGGUACAAGAAGCACGACGAUGACGACGACGCCGAGAGGAAGCCGCGCUACAAGAAACGCGACGACGACGACGAUGAUGACGAUGACAGGAAGCCGCGCUACAAGAAGCGUGAUGACGACGACGACAACAACAAUGAUGAUAGAAGGCCACGUUACAAGAAGCAGGACGACGACGAUGAUGACGAUGAUGACGGGAAGCAGCGUCGCGGGAACAACCGCCGCCGCCAACAUUACGAUGAUUGAUCAAGGCAUCAUGGCACGAGCUUAGCUGACGCUAAUAAGCAUAGUUGCGGCUGCUUUGCUUCGAUGAAUCACGACAUUUCAUAUAUUUUCAAGCAAUUUUCAUUUC